GCUGCCGGCGGGCAAAGAGCGGGCAGCGCGCCUCGGAGGAGCCGCUCGGGCCGGGCUGGGAGCCGGAGAAGGGAGUCGGGCCGGCCAUGCAGCGGGACGAAUGGGACGAGCAGAGCGAGCUGCGGGAGCUCAACGCCCGCCUGGAGCUCUACGUGCGGCGGGUGCGGGAUUUGGAGCAGGAGAACCGGUGCUUGGCGCACGAGUUGGCCGCCUUGCGCAGCCGGGAAGGACGCGCCGGCCGCUGGCAGGAGACGGAGCAAGAGGUAGCCGAGCUGCGCUGGGUGGUGGCGGACUUGAGCCGGGCUAAAGGCGAAGCCGAGCUGGAACGGGAUGCGCUGCGCAAAGAGUUGGAGAGCUUGGAGAGGCUGUGCGCGCAAGUUGGAGAGCUGCGCCUCCGCCGCCUGGAGCCCGAGCUGGCCCGGCAGCAGCAGCAGCUGGCGGGGCUGCGGGCCGACUGCGCCGCUCUGGAGGCGCUGCUGGAGCAACUCCUGGCCGAGCACCGAGGGCUGCAGGAAGCGCGCAAGCAGCGGCCGGCUGCGCUGCUGCCUGCCCCGCGCGUCCUCCGGGCUGAGCGCUUGGAGAGACGGCAGCUGGAAUCCGACUUCGCGCUGGUGUUGAGCUGGAGCUGCGCGCAGAGCCUGGAGCGCUACGAGGCCGAGCUGCGGGCCCUGCAGGAGCUGGAGGGCCGCCUCGGUCACCAAGACCUGCGCCAGCUGCGCGCCCAGAACCAGGAGAGCCGCCGCCGCCUCGAGGAGCUGUGGCGCCGCUGCCGGGAGCUUUGCGCGCUGGGCGAGCGGCUGGAAGAGGAGCGGCUGGCGCAGCAGGAGAGCCACGGCGCCCAGCUGGCCGAGUACCAGAUGAUAAUUGAAGCUCUUGAAGAAGAGAAGAACUACUUAACCAUGUCCAUUGCAGAGUACCUGAAGGAUUACCAUGAACUUCUGCAAGUGAAAGCUGGACUCAGCCUUGAAAUUGAAACUUACAGAGCUUUGCUAGGAGCAGAGAGCAAGCAAUGGAUUCUCAUGUGGAAUGAAGAACAUGGAAGAAGGUUACCCCAAGGUGACCGAAAUUUGCGUUACGAGUAUAGCAACCGAUACUCCGCUUAUCAACAGGAGAAAGGAAAGAGAGCUCUUCCCGCAAUUCCAAAUGUUGACCUAAGAUAUAAAUUCCCGCAAACAAAUUUGAGCCGCUCUGUGGUUUCUUCAUCUAGGACAGAAAGUGCUGGAAGGCAAACAAUUUUCCCUGAGAAAAAAAUGCUACCAAAAGAACCCUUCAGGCUGGGACAGCGUCCUUCAAGUUCUACCGAAAGAUAUGUGACUCACGAAAGAAGCUUGAUAGGACAAAGAGAAAGACAAAGCUUUACGUCGCCUUAUCGGAUGAGCAGAGAAGGUGACCUUCAGCCAAGGCCACCAGCGCCUGAAAGGAAGACAUUCGAAAUGGGAAGUAUGGCAUCUGCUUUGAAAGAGUCCACCAUCCUUCAGAAGCAAAUGAAAAAGCCAACAAGUUCUGAAGGCAUCAGGGCCACCAUGAUCAUCACUUCACCUCUAUCUUACAGCUCAACAACUUCUUCUUCUAAAGGAAGCCAAUAUGAGACGAGGGAAGGAAUCUUGGGUGACAUCAAUGAAAUAAUCAAAGGGGGCAAACCAGGAACAGAAGAAAAACACGUUUUGGUAGAAGGAGUUGAGCAGAAGGAAAAGUUGGCCAAAGAAGCAACAGAUUCUGCCAUGAAGAACUUUGAGAAAUUGAACAGGGUAGAAAAAACUGUUCAAAAGGAGGCCGAAGUGAAGGAAGGCGUGGAUAACAAAGAGGAUACAGUGGAAGAGGGUAUCUUUAAGAGAAAGGAAGAUAAAUUAAUGAAAGAUAAGAUGCUUUCUAGAAGAUGGGAGGAACAGAUUAAAGUGGAGUCAGAAGUAAAGAAGAUUCCAAAAGAUACAGCAACAUUUGGAAGGGAGAAAAUUGUGAGCAUCUCCUCAAAAACCCAAGAAACUAUUGAUGCCCCCAUUCAUUCAGGACAUACUAAAGGCAAAAUUCUACAGAAGAAUCAUAAUGUAGAGAUAACACUGCAAGACUUCAAAACUUCUCCAGAAAAAUCAAAAGGGAAAGCUGAAUUUAAACUCGGCAAUGAAAUGACUCCAGGUGAUAGAAGCAAAGAAGGUAAUUCUGAAAUAGAUGCUUCGCUCACUGAGAGUAUAGCAGAGAACAUUGUUUCUGACAUCCUUAAAGGUUUUGUACAAAAGUCUUCAGAGGAAGGACUUCCUCCCGAAGCUAAAAUAACUUCCUUCGAAAAGGAAGAAAUUUCUGAGGAUGGAAAAGUGAAAACCAAGAUCAGCAUAGAGUCCACAGUUCAAGAAGAUGACCUUGAUGUGUCUAAUAAGUCUGAAUUGGGAAGUUUCUUUGAGAAAGAUAUUAAAAAGGUAUUGGAGGAUACUAAAGGAAGUUUAGAUGAAAAUGUCCUAGACGAUAUAAUUAAUGCUGGGAUGAAAGGAAUGAAAGACAAGGCCAAGAGGACUAUUAAAGUUGAGAUCAUUGAAGAGCCUACAACUGUAGUUGAUGAAAGGGUGGAGUUUUCAACCCCAUUCGAAGUAGAGGAAGCAGAAGAUACGUUUCUCAAUGUGAGAGAACAUCCAUAUUAUAGUGAUAAAGAGAAAGCCACCACAAGUGUUACUGGAGACGUUAAGGAAAAACAACCCGAUGUGAUUGUGACUCAUGUGGAAGAAGUAUCUGAGGGCGAUGACGUUGUGGAUGAAGAAAAGUACUUUGUUUCCACUCCAGAUGAAUACCCGUUUGGUUAUGAGGAAGGAGAAGGUUCCACCUAUGGUCAAAUCCAUUUUGAAGAAGAAUCCACGGUGAAAUAUUCUUGGCAAGAUGAAUUUCUGGAAGGGUCUCAAACCAACAUAAAGGAAAGCAUGGCUUUACCAGAAUUGAUUUAUCAAGUAAUUGGCGCAGAUGCUGGGCCCUUUAUCUCAAAGACGGAACCCCCCAAAGAACAGGUGGCCCAUGCUGAAUCUGUAGUUAUUGAGAAGGAGAUUAAAAUCCCGCAUGAAUUUCAGGAGUCGAUAAAGGAGGUUUUUGCUCACCAUUCAAAAGAUCCUAAACAUCAGUUGAAAGAGGCUCUAGGAAAGCUUGAAGCAACUCUUCCAGAACUUGUGAAACAGGAACUCGGUGAACUCACCAAAGAGGACAAAACUGACUCUAGUACCUUGGAGGUGGAUAUUAAAAAAGUAAAGCACCCCGAAAAAGAGGGUGUCUUUAGUAUCGUUGCAGAAGUUAAUUUAUCCCAGACAAUAGACUCUGACCAGUUGAGUACAGAAUUGCUUGGUGAAGUUGUGACCGAUCAGAUGAAAUUGUCCAAACAGUCACCAAAUGAAGGUGACUUUGAUCAAUACAUAAAGCAAGAACCAGAAACUUGGCAGGAUGAAAAACAUCACAUAGAUGUUUCCUCCACACAUUGGACCACAGAAGAAACCAAUAAGAGAGAAGAUACCUAUCCUUCUAAGGAGUCAUUUGAUAUCAACAGACGCAUCCGGCAUGUUGUAGUUGGUCCAACUGAAAUCCGUAAGACUGAACAUGUCUUUUAUGAAGGUCCUAUUUCUGACACGCUGGAGUUUGGAACAGGGGACUUUACAACAGGAGUAUCAGCGGACACAGGUCAAUUCAUGAAGGAAAUAAAGUUGAGUCCUGAAACAAGGGAAACCACAGAAAAAAUAAUCUACAGAAGUCCUAUUUAUACAUCUGAAGAAGUAAGUAAUCCUGAAAAUUCUACUCAGAUCCAGGUUUUGAGUGAUAUUAGAUCCUCCAAGCAUAUCACAUUGGAUUCAAAACAAAUUGUUGAAGAAAUCAUGUUUGAGGGAUCAGCUUCAGACUUGUCAUCUGAUACUAGAAGGGGUAUCUUUUCACAGGUGAAAGAUCCCACAGCAAUCAGCACAUCAAUAAGACACAUCCAAAUAGAUCCCAAAGAAAUACAUGUUGAGCGAGAAAUAUAUGAAGUGCCUUUUUCCACUGGAGACCAUGAUCUGUUUGAAGAAACAGUAAAAAAGAUUACAUUAGGACAGAAGGACACAUCAACAUCUGACCAAAACAUUUAUGAAGGUUCCUUCACCAAGACAUCAGAUGAUGGUUCAGUCAAGCUUGGUGAGGAGAAGGUGCUGGAUGUUAACACCACAAUCAGACAUAUCAAAUUAAGUCCGAAGGAAUUUGUAAGUGAACAAAUUGUUUUUACAGAGCCCAUUUCUGAACAGCACCAAAAGGUCAGUGAAUUGGGACAGAUGUUUUCUUCUGAAGGGUCAGUACAUCAUAUUAAAUUAGGGCAGAAAGAAGUCCAGAGUCGUGACAUCCUAUCCCAAGAUUUUGUUUUGGAAUCUCCAGGAAUCGGUUCUUCACAAGAAGACACUUCGGAAAAAAUUAGUCCUGCAGAGAUCAGCAGAUCAACACAUCACAUUCAGAUUGGGCAAGAGCUCAAUCCUGAUGCUCAACUCUUCAGCGGUAUGGAAUUUUCCCACAGAGAUGGACCCUCAGAAAACAGCAAAUCUGUCGGGCAAAUCAGAAUCGGACAGAAAGAAACAUCCUUUACCUUCCAGAUGGACAUAAGCCAAAUGGGUGGGAGAGAGCCACAAGCUACCCUAGUUGUAUCAAGUAGGCAAGAAGCAGAUGACAGUCAACCUGAAGGCAGCAAGGAAGAGGUUUGGAAAGGCCCAGAAAGGGAACAGAAGUCAGAGGAGUCCACGUUUGAUCAAACUGUGCAAUUGCAAAGAAUGGUUGACCAACGAUCGGUCAUUUCGGAUGAAAAGAAAAUUGCCCUUCUCUACCUGAACGAAAACGAGGGGGAAGAGGAGGACGACGAGGGACCCUGGUUUUAAAAAAGUAACAUUUCCAAGUUUUGUUUUUAAAAGCCGAGAAGCUUAAUUGCUGCAUCAUUUGAGUUUUAAACCUGGGGAUUUCUCGUCAUUUCGCCCUGAACAAGGAACUGAGGACUUGGAACGUAAAUUUUCUGAUACAGUAAUACCUUAGUAGCAUUCUUCGCUUAAAUUACAUAAGAUUUCAUUUUACUGAUGCUGUGGACUCUCAAUGCGAUAUAUAUUUUUAUGUAGUUUCCUUGUUUCUGUUUGAGAAAUGAUAUCAGUGGAUAUAGGAAAAUACAUUUUUGCUCAAUUUAAAAAGAGUAGCCAUUCAUUUUUUUUUAAAAAAAAGAUAUUUAAGUCAAUAUCAUACUGAUUCACGUGGAUUGCCCAGAAGAAACAUACAGAUAGCCCUUGACUUAAAAUCACAAUUAGGACUGAAAAAUUCCUCGUUAAGUGGGAUGGUUGUUAAGUGAGGCAUUACGUGAUAACAUUUAAUUUUAUGACCAUUUUUACUGUGGUUAUUAGGUGAAUCUAGCUUUCCCCCCCAUUGAGUUUGCUUGUUGGAAGCUGAGAAGAGUGCAAAUUGUGAUCAUCAGACCACAGUUGUGGCACAGCUAUCCUAAGUGUUAAGUCACUUUUUUCAGUCCUGCUGUAAUUCUGAACUAUUGUUCAACGAAUGGCCAUUAAGUCAAGGACUACCUGUAUUAACAAUCUAAGGAAUAAAGACAGUCUUGUUAUGAUCGCAGUUUAAGGAAAACACGUCUAAACUGUGUACACUAUUAGCAAAAAUGUGUGACUAAUUUGCCAGAUAAUCUCAUUCUAAACUCUUAUUCAGCUACAUUUUUCAAAAAUAAGUGACCAAAUAGGAACAAAAGAGACUUGCUAAUAUUAUGUCAGAUCAUUGGCCUAAACAGUUCAUUGCGCUCUCUCCCUCCCUCCCUCCCUCUCCCUCUCUUUCUUAUUCUCUCCCUCCUUUUCCCGUUCCCUCUCUUUCCUCUCUCUUUCCUCUCUCCCUUUCCCUCUCUUUGUUCUCUCUCCCUCUUUCCUCUCUCCCCCUCUCUCUCUCGUUCUCAUUCUCUCUCCCUCUCCCUCUUUUCUCUCUCCCCCCUCUCUCAUUCUCAUUCUCUCUCCCUCUCCCUCUUUUCUCUCUCCCUCUCUCCCUCUCUUUUUCUCUCAUUCUCUCUUUCUUGUUCUCCCUUCCUCUCUUCUUCCUUCCCUCUCCCUCUUUCCUCUCUCCCUUUCCCCUUAUCUCCCUCUCCUCUCCCUCCCUUUCUCUCCUUUUCUCCCUCUUUCCCUUUCUCUUUCCCUCUCCCUCUCCCCCUCCCUCUCUUGUCUUACACACACACAAACAUACUCAGUCACACUCUACACUCUUGUUGCAAAGUGGAGAAUGCAAUGAGGAUAUUUUAUUAAUAAUGCCAAUUUUGGAAGGAUUUAGGUUCUCACCUUUUAUGCAUUUCCAUAUUUCAUGAGGUAAAAAGCAUAGGGAAAGCUUCAGUUGCUAAAUUAGCGUGUCGUGCUUUAAUUAAAGCCACCAGAGCAGUCCCCUAUUGUGUUUCAUAGGAUUACAUACCUGGAGCACAAUUCUUGCAUAACUGCAUUUCUUUGGAACUGGCUGGGUCCCAAAGAAGAAUGCAAUCGCCUUGAACCUGGACUGCAAAGUUUUGGACCCAGUGAUCCCAAGCUUUUUUUUUUUUAAAUCUGAAGAGAGAAACUGCAUUAAAAGGUGACUAUUUUCUAAGAGCAAUUUUCCUCAUAUAUCAAAGAUCAUCAUAUGCAGACGAUAUUGAGAGACGUUCCUAGCAUAAGCUACGUAUGACUCAGAAUGGAUUCAGUUACGUGACUUACGAUUUGUUCAGAGUGGAGAAAAGCCAACCCCACUUCAGCUUUGAAUCUAAAUUAAGGAGUGUCCAUCACCCACAAUGCUUAUUUUAAUAGCCACCAAUCGAAAUGCCUUUGGGAAACCCACAAGCUCAGGAUCAAAAUAAUCUCCUUGCUUCAGAUAAUACUACGGAAUAGACCUCCCUCCCCCAAAUGGGAGCAGAUUAAGAAAUCCAUCAAAUAGAAAAAAAUAAAAAUAAGUUACAAUAUACAGGUAGUCCUUGACUUACGACCACAACAGAGCCCAAAAUUUCUGUCACUAACCAAAACAUUAGUUAAGUGAGUUUUGUCUCAUUUUACGCUCUUUCUUGCCACAGUUGUUAAGUGAAACACUGCAGUCGUUAAGUUAGUAACAUGGUUAUUAAGUGAAUCUGGCUUCCCCACUGACUUUGUUUAUCAGAAGGUCGCAAAAAGGAAUCCCAUGACACACACACACACACACCCGGGACACUGCAACCAUCAUAAAUGUGAGUCAGUUGUCAAGCAUCUGAAUAUUGAUCUCAUGAUCACAGGGAUGCUGCAAUGGUCAUAAGUGUGAAAAACGGUCAUAAGUCACUUGUUUCAGUGCUGUUGUUCCGUCACUAAAUGAACUGUUGUAAGUCGAGGACUACCUGUAUUAAUAAAGAGUCUUGUGGUCUUACAUUAGACGUAAUUCAAGUUGGGUUUGAAGAAAAAGAAUCUUAAGAAGGAAGAGUAGAGACAACCAACAUUGUCCAUCAGCUGUAUGCAUCUGGAGCAAUGUUUCUCAACUGUGGCAGCUUUAAGUUGGGUGGACUUCAACUCCCAGAAUUCUCCAGCUAGCCAUAUGGAGCCCAUAUUGGUUUUUAUAGGUGACUGGAUGGGGAAUUCUGGGAGUUGAAGUCCAUCCAUCUUAAAAGUUGCCAAGGUUGAGAAAUUGAUUUAGAGGCUAGGCACACAGCUCACCAACCACAGUCUUCGCAUCAUAAUAUGAUAGACACGAUCUCUGCAAGUCACAGUAAUUAUUUUUGAAUAUUUAUGUAGCUUAAUAUGCACCAGUUUUAGGUCAUUGUUUUUGUCCUUUUUUUUUUACUUUAAGUGCUAUCUUAGAUGAUCUAUUUGCUAUGUGCUGGCAGCACUGCCAGGAUUUUAAACGGAUUUCAGCGCUGAUUUGACGGAUUUUUUUCCAGCAGAAUUUUCAAUGAAUGCUUACAUUUUGAGACACAAGUGAACGGAUUUGCACUUAUAAUUUAAGCUGAUUUCACUAUUUUUUUUUUUGUACAUCAAAAACUGAAUUAGAUUUGGGUUGAUGCUUGAGUUUUUGUCCACAAAGAGCAAAAUGGAUGAAAGUUUAUUAAUUAUCUUGAUAUAAAUAUGCAUGAAUUUAUUCCAUUGAAAAGUGCGCUUUGAUCACUAAAGAAAAUAUUAUGAUUACCUCAACAAUAGUGGGUCUUAUUUAAAACUUUUUUUUUCCAGAAGAAAGUACACAAUAUGAUGUUUUGGAGGGUUUUAUUUAAUACAAAUAUAGGCUUUCUUGACUAUUUUUUCCAAAGGGUGGAAGAAUCUUCCACUUUAUAAUGCUGCAAACACAAGUUUUCACAUAGAUACGUGCCUUUACUUCUCAUUAAAAUGGAGGCUCUGAAACUAAUAAAAGUGCCCAAGAUUUAAGUUAAUUGAAAGCAAUAAGAGUGGAGGUACUUGUAACUAACUUGCUUCAUCGGUUUUAACUCUAGUAGGUUUGAUGUUGUAGUUACGUCUGUGAAAUUAAGAAGAAAACAUUUGAGCUACAGUGUGAGCUCUGUACAAUUGUAGGCUGACAUUGUCUGUAGUAAGUGAUCGCAAAGGCUGUAGUAGAUGUUUUAACUAGUGAGUAAUGUCAGGUGGGAUUUGAUGGUCUAUUUUGCCCUGGAAAUAAUCAUAGUUGUAAUGUCGGUGAUGGUUUAACACUGUUAGAACUUACCACUAUUUUUUUUUUUCUGUUGAGCAUUAAACUUUGAAAAAGAA